GCAAAAUAUUUGCCAGCUGAGGGGGCCUUCGUAAUCUGUCUUUAAAUAUGUGACGCUUAGCGGUAGGCGUUCUCUUUUCCGCGGAACACGAACGCGAUUUUUGGCAUCCGUCUUGUGUUAUAACCGAGGAAGGCACCACUGCUGGAGGUGUGAUGGAUGUAAACACUGCUCUUCAAGAAGUGCUGAAGACUGCACUAAUCCAUGAUGGCUUGGCUCGCGGUAUUCGUGAAGCUGCUAAAGCCCUUGACAAACGUCAAGCACACUUGUGUGUGCUUGCAAGCAACUGUGAUGAGCCCAUGUACGUGAAGUUGGUGGAAGCCCUUUGUGCAGAGCAUCAGAUCAAUUUGAUUAAGGUUGAUGACAAUAAAAAGCUUGGUGAAUGGGUAGGACUCUGUAAAAUUGACAGAGAGGGCAAACCACGUAAAGUUGUUGGAUGUAGCUGUGUUGUUGUCAAGGAUUAUGGCAAAGAAUCGCAAGCCAAGGAUGUCAUUGAGGAGUACUUCAAAGUAAAGAAAUGAGCAGAAGAGAAAUAAAAUUAAAACAAAAUUA